UGGUUGCUUUGUUGUAGGCUUCUACUAGGUUUCCUACAGAAUCAGUAAGUGUGGAAAUGGAGCCGAGCUGGAGUACGUUUCUCUUCCAACAGGCCAAUGAAGCCCUCCACCACCAGCACCAGGUGGCCCAGAAUAGCUUGCUGCCACUUCUUAAUGCAGGAGCUGAGCAAGUUGACCAGAAGCCUGUGCUCCCCAUCCAAAUAGACCAGAAACCACCGAUCAUUGCUGCUGAUCUCCUGAAAGACAAUGUGGCCAGUGGAGGAGGUCUUCGGCCACCAGUGCCUGUGAUAAAGAAGGAACACAAAGGCAAAACACCUUUUGUCUGCGGUUACUGUAACAAGGCUUUCCGUGACAGUUACCAUCUGAGACGUCAUGAAUCCAGCCACACUGGCAUCAAGAUGGUGUCCCGUCCGAAGAAGAUGGCCCAAACGGCCCCUACCAUGGUACCCAUGAUCGCUUCCAUGCCAAGAGAGAACAACGGCAACUCUUCCUACAUCUCCACGGUUGCAGGCAUCCUCUCCACAGCAACCACCUCUGUUUCCUCAGGCACAAGUAUCAUGACAUCAUCAGCAAUGGGCAAUGUGCCACAACAAAAUGUCCCAAAAAAACCUGCCAAACCUGUAAAGAAAAACCAUGGGUGUGAGAUGUGCGGCAAAGCCUUUCGUGACGUCUACCACCUGAAUCGCCACAAGUUAUCCCAUUCAGACGAGAAGCCUUUUGAGUGCCCCAUCUGCCAGCAACGCUUUAAAAGAAAGGACCGCAUGACCUACCAUGUUCGCUCUCACGAUGGAGGUGUCCACAAGCCUUAUGUAUGUUCUGUGUGCGGGAAAGGCUUUUCUAGGCCAGACCACUUGAGCUGCCAUGUGAAGCAUGUGCAUUCCUCAGAAAGACCGUUCAAAUGUCAAGUAACGGCAUGUACCUCUGCUUUCGCCACCAAAGACAGACUCCGCUCCCACAUGAUCCGGCAUGAAGGCAAGGUCACCUGUAGCAUCUGUGGGAAGAUGCUCAGUGCAGCAUACAUCACCAGUCAUUUGAAGACUCAUGGUCAGACCAACUUUAACUCCUGUAACAAAGAGGGUAAUGAAGUCUGCAACUCUUCCUCAGCUACACCUGUGACCAUUUCUGCCCCCAUCACCUCAGCGAUGAACCGAGGCAACGCAAACAACAACCCUGUCACUAUAGCCGCACAAAUGAACAUUAGCACCAACACAGUCAACAUAACGUCUCCAGUCAGCCUGCAGCACCCAGUCACCAUCACUGGCCCCGUCAAUAUUGCCUCUGUGAAUAUCCCAGCCACAGCGCCGAUGAAUAUUGCUCAUCCAGUUGCAAUAACAACCCCCAUGCCUAUGAAUAUAGCUGGUCCACUAAACAUCGCAAUGAGGCCAGUGGAUAGCAUGCCUUUUCUGUCCCAAGUCUUGCCUUCUCCCCCACCUUGGUAAGUGGAUUAGGAAAAAAAAAAAGAGUUGGCAUCUAACUGGCCAGAAAUAAAGGGAAAAUGAAGUGAAACAAGAGACUCCUGUCGUCGUAUUUGCACCUCAAGCACAGCUCCUCCCCUGCCCCCUCGACAUGUUCGCUUCAUCAAGCCCGGAAGUGAACAUUAACAUGAGCUGUGAGGUCAGUAGGAGCUCAUAAUGUCCUAACUGUGUCCCAGCUAAAGUUAAGUGACUGGCACGUGAUGCAGGACACUUCAGUAGAAUUCAAGUAGGAUUUAUCAUUGAAUGAGGACAGCUGUAGUGUAGUCAGUUAGAAUGAUGAAACUGUGAUUUGUAUCAAAAACAGAGGCGAGGAUUCUUCAAGCACGCUUGAGGACCCGAUACGAAUAUAUACCUGUGCUUUUGUGAAGGGAGAUGUGAAAUGGACUGAAGCAAUAACUGCAUUGCUGUUUCUGUUUUCUCCUGAAAGCCUCUGGGUGUUACUUUCUAUGUAGUGUUGUUUUGUUUUUUUUUCUUUUCUUUUUUUUGUUUUUGUUUGUUUUAAAGUAUAGCCUGCUAAUCACUAUUUAAUGUUAUAUAGGAAAUGAGUCUAGUAAAAGGGACAGCAUCUUCCACAUGCAUGGAAGACUAUUUUUUCAUUAUGUCAUAGAAUUUUCUUUUUCUUUUCAGAUAGUAGGUAUGCUCUUGAGGUACAGUGACUAACUUGUACAGUUGACAUAGUAAUGUAUUUUCAUGUCACCAUUUUUAAUUUUUGCUUUUGUCAUUCAAGUGGACAUCUGGACACUGUCCUCUUUACUUUGACAUAUUUGUACUUUUUUGUUUUCUAUUUGUACGGAAACACAAAUGUUUGUUUUUAUGUGUAGUGUUUUAUUUUUCCAUGAAGUGCAAAUGAAAUGAGUCUUGCACUGAAGGCAUAUCCUACAUGCAGGUGAACAGCAGUAUUAUCAAAGAUCAAGCAGAGUCUUAAGUGAUUUGGUCAGCCUGCCUGCACUUGAGGGCCAUCUAGUGGCUGAUUUAUGUAGAAGCCUGGCCUUGUAGUGAAGCUUUUCGGGCUGUUAAUGCCAUCUUAAAGGUGGCUAAAUAGUUUUAGCGGACUCUUUGUUACACUGUUUAUUAUAAUUAUUUAUCAUUAAUCUGUUACAGCCCCAAAAUGAUACUAGGGACCUUUCACUCAGGAAGUACACAGAGAAGCCCAUCAUUCAUGAUCUACAUGUAUCUUGAUUCUUUGCCUUUCUUUCUUUGGUUUCCCAAAAACAUUUGGCAUUAUAGUGAUAAGACCUCACAAAAGUCCAAACUUAAAUAUAUUAAAUAGCCGUCCAUUUGAAAUGAUCAUUUACUGUACAAUGAAACGAAUGCUGUACUUUUUUUUUUUUAUUUGAAUUAUUUUUAACAUUUCCUUUCAAGUUUUGUCUGCAUAGGUAUGUGGCUAAAAACUGGAUGAGUUUAAUGAAAAAUGCAAGUUUGUCUGUUUAAAAAAAAAAAAAAAAAAAAAUGGGACGAGAUUGACGUUGCAUGACCCU